UAUCUCAGAAUAAAGAGACCGAUCAGGCUAAGGGAUUACCCAACUGCCGAAAAACUGGAACAUGUCAGCAGUAUCAAUCCAAUCGUGCAGUGGAUGGAGACAUUAACACGUGUACAAGGACAGCACCUUUUGGAACUACAACUAGUAAUCCAGAUAAAUGGACAUGGUGGUAUGUUGACAUUGAGAAAGUACUCAGCAUCUACAGCAUCAGUAUACAGUUCAAAGACUAUGGAGAACAAUAUGUCAUGAGACAAAGAGGGCGUUGUGCUGGUUUUUCGCUGUAUGUGUCAAACACCACUAUAAAGGAGGAUGGUUAUCUAUGUUACAAGAACGGACAGGAGUUACCGACAUUGGAUUUCAGUACCACUUGCGUCAAACAUGGACGUUACGUUAUAUUCUACAAUGAAAGACUUGACGGGACAACUUAUCCUACCGGAUAUGAAACAUACUCUGUUCACACUGAAUUGUGCGAAGUAACUGUAACAGGUUGUAAAGAAUCAGGUGUGUAUGGAUAUAACUGUGAUCUACCCUGUCCUAACAACUGUCAGGAAAUGAAAUGUGAUAAUGUCAACGGAAUGUGUUUGGGUUGUACUGCAGGAUGGGUGGGAGAAUUUUGUAACGCAUCCUGUCCAGCUGGAUAUUACGGUUUACAGUGUAGAUCUACGUGUACUGGACACUGCAGAGACAACCUGUCCUGUAACCACACCACUGGUCGAUGUGACUAUGGAUGUGGUAAUGGAUGGACAGGAACACAUUGUAACACACAUUUAUGA